ACCCUAUUUCAUGUGUGGCUUAACAAACAAAGAGGAAUUUGCCAAUUUUUUAAUUAAAUAAUCCCGUUUAUUUCAUGAUUAUUAAUUUUAUUUUGGAGGUCUUGUAACCGAGUAGCCAAACUGGAUUGAGGAUAAUGAUGGACUCAGACGCGUCCGGAGCGGACUUCUGCCGAUUCUGUCGCUCCGAGGCGACGUCGGACCGGCCAUUGUUCCACCCGUGCAUCUGCACCGGGUCUAUAAAAUGGAUACAUCAGGAAUGUCUCGUACAAUGGAUGCGAUACUCGCGAAACGAGAUCUGCGAGUUGUGCGGACACCGGUUUUCGUUUAUGCCGAUUUACUCACCCGACAUGCCUGGGCGGCUGCCGAUCCGGGACGUGGUCGGCGGGCUCGUGACGUCGGUCGCGUCAGCUGUGAAGGACUGGCUCCACUAUACUUUAGUAGCGCUUGCCUGGCUCGGCAUAGUGCCACUGACGGCCUGCAGAACUUAUCGCAGCUUGUUCCUAGGCUCCCUAGAUCCUGUAAUCUCUUUACCAUUUGACAUAGUUUCAGCUGAGAACCUGGCUAAGGAUGUAUUCUCAGGCUGUUUUGUUGUGACAUGUACCUUAUUCUCAUUUAUCGGCCUGGUAUGGCUACGGGAACAGAUAAUGCAUGGAGGUGGCCCAGAUUGGAUGGAACGGGAGAAUAUUCCACCAGCUGCUGCUGAAGAUGCCCCAUUACCUGAUAAUAACAAUGACACGGUGAAUGAUGGAGCUGGGGAUGACGGGGGAGCCAGGGAAGAGGCCCCAGAAGCGGCAGAAGGAGAUUUAAUAGUUGGGGACGAAGCAAACUGGAACCCUAUGGAAUGGGAUAGAGCCGCAGCAGAAGAGUUGACAUGGGCGCGUCUACUGGGUUUAGAUGGCUCUAUGGUUUUCUUGGAGCAUGUGUUCUGGGUGGUGUCACUGAAUACUUUGUUUAUAGUGGUGUUUGCAUUCUGCCCAUAUCACAUAGGGAGAUUGGGGGCAGCGAUGGCUGGUUUUAACACGGAUGGGCCAUUCUCGGGGCCACUGACAGCACUAGCAGGCUAUGUGCUGGUGGGGGCUAUUCUGGCGGUGCUGCAUGGGGCUGCAUCUCUGCUCCGGCUCCGCAGUGCUAAGAAGGCGCUGGGAUUCUGCUACGUGGUUGUGAAAGUGGCUUUGUUGUCAGUUGUGGAGAUCGGAGUAAUCCCGCUAGUAUGCGGCUGGUGGCUGGACCUCUGUUCCCUCUCCAUGUUCGACGCCACCCUCAAAGACCGAGAAGCCAGCCUCCAGGCUGCCCCCUGGACUCUAAUGUUCAUCCACUGGCUUGUAGGAAUGGUCUAUGUGUACUACUUUGCUUCCUUCAUAUUGCUACUGAGAGAGGUACUGAGGCCUGGAGUGCUUUGGUUCUUGAAGAAUUUGAAUGAUCCUGAUUUCAGUCCAGUGCAGGAAAUGAUCCAUCUAUCAGUAUGGAGCCACAUCCACAGGCUGGUGGCAUCGGCCAUGAUCUUCGGGACAGCGGUGCUGUUUAUGCUGUGGCUGCCCAUCCGUGUCAUCAAGCAUGCGUUACCUGGUUUCUUACCCUACGCCGUGGCAGUUCACUCAGAGGCGCCCGUUAACGAGCUCAGUCUAGAGCUGCUAUUGUUACAAGUGAUCCUUCCUGCUCUAUUAGAGCAGUCUCACACGCGCACUUGGCUGAAAUACCUCGUGCGUGCGUGGUGCGGACUGGCAGCGGGCGCGCUCGGCCUGCGCUCGUACCUGCUGGGCGAGGCGCGCGGCGACCCCGACCCCGCCGCGCCCGCGCCGCACCCCCCGCACCAGCUCGGCGCCGCGCACCAGGCUCUAAUGCGUCGCGACGGCCCAGCCGGUUACGAGCCAUAUGUCCGCGUGGCGUGGUUCCCGCUACGGCUGGCAGCCCUUCUUGUCUUGGUGUCUCUGUCACUAGUACUCGCUAGUGCUCUCACAUUGGUGAUACCAGUGGCGAUAGGAAGGAAAGUUAUGGCGCUAUGGCUGCCUAAAGCGUCAGAAGGCGUUCACGAACUUUAUACAGCUGCAUGCGGUAUGUACGUAUGCUGGGCGCUGGGCCGCGGCGGCACUUUACUGGCGGGCUGGGCGCGCUACGGGCGGCGCGCGCUCUUGGCUCGCGCCGCACAGUGGGCGCGCAUCGCGUUGCGAGCUGCUUGUGCCGCGCUUGCGUUACUCGGCCUUGUGCCGCUACUGUUUGGAUUGUUACUAGAGCUGGUCCUAGUAAUCCCUCUCCGAGUACCGCUCGAACAAUCCCCAGUGCUAUUCGUGUGGCAAGACUGGGCGCUCGGCGUACUGUACACGAAGAUAGUCUGCGCCUUGACUAUGAUGGGGCCAGACUGGGCCAUGCGACGCGCCAUCGAGAAGGCGUAUAGAGACGGCAUACGGGAGAUGGAUCUCAAGUUCAUCCUAACAGAGGUGGCGGCCCCGAUAGUGUGCUGGCUCGGUCUGGCGCUGGCCGUCCCGUACGCGGUGGCUCACAGCGUGGCGCCGCUGCUGACCAUGUCGCCCGCGCAGCGCAACCUGCUCGCGCGCCGCGUGUACCCCGCGCUGCUGCUGCUGCUGCUGCUGUCCGCGCUGGCGCAGCUGCAGGUAUGUGCUGCUAACUGUACGGUCACACCUCGGGCUGGCGCUAGCCGUCAGUACGCGGUGGCUCACAGCGUGGCGCCGCUGCUGACCAUGUCGCCCGCGCAGCGCAACCUGCUCGCGCGCCGCGUGUACCCCGCGCUGCUGCUGCUGCUGCUGCUGUCCGCGCUGGCGCAGCUGCAGGUAUGUGCUGCUAACUGUACGGUCACACCUCGGGCUGGCGCUAGCCGUCAGUACGCGGUGGCUCACAGCGUGGCGCCGCUGCUGACCAUGUCGCCCGCGCAGCGCAACCUGCUCGCGCGCCGCGUGUACCCCGCGCUGCUGCUGCUGCUGCUGCUGUCCGCGCUGGCGCAGCUGCAGGUAUGUGCUGCUAACUGUACGGUCACACCUCGGGCUGGCGCUAGCCGUCAGUACGCGGUGGCUCACAGCGUGGCGCCGCUGCUGACCAUGUCGCCCGCGCAGCGCAACCUGCUCGCGCGCCGCGUGUACCCCGCGCUGCUGCUGCUGCUGCUGCUGUCCGCGCUGGCGCAGCUGCAGGUAUGUGCUGCUAACUGUACGGUCACACCUCGGGCUGGCGCUAGCCGUCAGUACGCGGUGGCUCACAGCGUGGCGCCGCUGCUGACCAUGUCGCCCGCGCAGCGCAACCUGCUCGCGCGCCGCGUGUACCCCGCGCUGCUGCUGCUGCUGCUGCUGUCCGCGCUGGCGCAGCUGCAGGUAUGUGCUGCUAACUGUACGGUCACACCUCGGGCUGGCGCUAGCCGUCAGUACGCGGUGGCUCACAGCGUGGCGCCGCUGCUGACCAUGUCGCCCGCGCAGCGCAACCUGCUCGCGCGCCGCGUGUACCCCGCGCUGCUGCUGCUGCUGCUGCUGUCCGCGCUGGCGCAGCUGCAGAUACGACAGUUCCGCAAGCUAUACGAGCACAUAAAGAACGACAAAUAUCUCGUCGGCCAACGGCUCGUCAACUACGACCACCGGCGGCAUAAACCCCAGACCGUAGCUGCUAACUGAGCGAGACGAGAGAUUCAGAAACUAGCGAGGGAGAGAGAGAUAGAGCGAGUGACUGGCCGUUUUAGAUUAGAGGGUUUGUUUGUAAUAUUUUUGAAGGUUAUAAAGUUUUCAUAGUACGAUCACCGGCGACAACUGAGCGAGACAACUAGCGAGGAAGAGAGAUAGAGAGAGUGACUGGCCGUUUUCGAUUAGAGGGUUUGUUUGUAUCAAUAUUUUUGAAGAUUAUUUUUUCAAGAGCUUGUACGAGACAAACAGCGAGGCAGAGAGAGAGGGAGAUAUAGCACUUAGCGACCGGCCAUUUUCCAUGGACAUUUUAGACUAGACAGUUUGUUUUAUAUUUUUGGAGGUAAAUACAUUUUUCAUAAAGCCAUUGUCACAUACGACCACUUCCGAUAUAAAUUGCAGAGCGUUGCCGGCAACUAAGGACUAGAUACUCAGUAAGAGAGAACCCCUCAAAAUAUCAAAAGAUUAAUUUUAUAAACGUGGCCCACGUUAUAAUGGACUCUAAGGUAACUAUGCACUGUUUCUUAAAUUAUAUUUCCUUUGUGAUCUUUGUCGAUAAACUUAAUAUAUUUUGAGUAAAAUUUUAGAAUUCGCGGGAUGCGAACUAAUUAUUAUUGAGCUAUGUAAUGAGCAGAAAUAUUGGAUUUUUUUUUUAAAUUAAAAGACAUUAGUGAGUGUGUUUUUCGGGAAUUGGACAUUUGUGUAUUACGAGAGUGGAAUAGAGUGAAAACAAAAAACUAACGACAUGAGUAAUUUUUGACGUUCUUUGGUAAAAUGUACCUACUUUGUCGCUUACCGAACCUUACCGAACGGACUCUGUGUUUUGCCCAGUGGUCGACUGGUAGAGAAUGCCUUAAGGCGUUAAGUCCGCCACUUCUACAAUUUUUUUGUUAACUUGUGCAAUAAAAUUUAAAUACAUAAAAAAGGACGAAAUUUGCUUGUGUCUGUAUAUGAAAGUUAGAGCGUCCUUUUUUUUUUAUACUACGUCGGUGGCAAACAAGCAUAUGGCCCGCCUGAUGUAAAGCGGUCACCGUAACCUAUGAACGCCUGCAACUCAAACAGUGUCACAUGCGCGUUGCC